UCUGGAUGCAGUCCGUUUGUUUCGAUCCUGCUGCAAGUCGUUGCUCGACAACAAGUCAUGAUCAUCAGACAGUUUUGCGCCCGCCAUGGGCGCACAGCAUUGUCACAGUCAACUAGGACAGUGACCCGAUCCUACGUGAACAGCAGAAACGUGGACGAUCCGACGCUACGACAGUCAGAACGAGACCCCAGGCCCCCUCGCACGAUCCCAGGUCAUCCAGAUGAACCCUCCAGCGUCCUCGACACCAUCGAUCGCCCUCCAACGGCUGCCACGCGCUCCGUCGAAGAAAAACUCGAAGUCCAGAAAAAGUCGAUGCAAUCUCUCCAUGCCGAUGUCAAUUCGCAUAUCAUGGCUCGCAUACAAGCCUUCAACGAACCCGCACCGCUAUCGACAACAGAAAUCAAGAACAAACCAGCUCCACUCCAAGCACCCGAAUCCACAGAUACCCUCCCUUUCAAGAACCUCAAAGAACUCAACCGCUACCGCCGGCACACUCAAAAGGAAGCCCGCAAGGGCACGAAUCUUACCCAGACCUACGACCCAGCCACCAUCCUCCGCAAACCACCCAUGCCAUCAGAUCUCACGCUCCCCAUGCUCCUCACGAACCAGACACACCUCGGCCACGCCACACCGCUCUGGAAUCCCGCCAACAGCAGCUACAUCUUCGGCAUAAGAGACGGCAUUCACAUCAUCUCGCUGGACGUUACAUACGCGUACCUCCUGCGCGCUGCCAAGGUCGUCCAGGAAGUCGCCCGCCGCGGUGGCAUCAUCUUGUUUGUCGGCACGCGCAAGGGCAUGGAAGAAAUCACCGUGAACUCGGCGAAACUAGCGGGCGGCUACCACAUUUUCCACCGGUGGGUUCCUGGCUCGCUCACAAACGGCCAGCAGAUUCUCGGCGCGUGCGGCGUCAAGGUGGUCGACAUCCACGACAGGGACCUCGAUGAGUACACCCAGAAAUUCUCGCAGGGCAAUCACACCGUCAUGAGGCCCGAUCUGGUGGUCUGCUUAAACCCGAUUGAGAAUCAGGUCUGUCUGCACGAGUGCGGCCUGUUCAAUGUGCCCACAAUCGGCGUGAUCGAUACAGACGCCGACCCGACCUGGGUGACGUAUCCUAUUCCCGCGAACGACGACUCGUUCCGCUCGAUUGCACUGGUCGGCGGGCUGUUGGGCCAGGCCGGUAAAGAAGGGCAGAGACUCAGGAGACUACAGGCCAUGCGUGGCGAGACGACAUACAGCACCGGUCACCUGGACGACAUCUUCGCGUCUCUCGAAGAGAUUGCUUCUCUGGACGUGCAGGAGCCGGAGCAGGCCGGUGGUCGAGCAUAGGUGUGCAGGCAUUACAUGUUGUACAAAUGUAUAAUAUAGAUCUCCAAAAUCACUUUGAGCAAGAGGGCAUAUGCCUAAGAGAUGCAUAAAUGAAGGGUAUGGCUCGAAAUCAAAUCGGCAGUUAUGCUCUG